AUGAUGUGCUUCAACCCCACUUCCCUCCAGCACUUUCCCCCAGAUAUCAUCGCUCGCAUCGUAAAGCGCUUGGAUCAAUCGACUCUAUGUAACUUGGCACAGACCUGCAAGUUUUUGAAUCAGUUUGCUACAGACGAACUAUAUCGAAACAUUUUGAUUUCGGUUGAUUGCACUUAUCCUCUUGAGAAUGGUGCCGAUCCAAGUAAGUUCUACGCUCACCAUGUUAACAUCAACCGUGGUCCAACUCAUGUCUUCAGCGAAGAUAAGUUGAGAAUGCUCAUUAGUUCCAUCAAGCAUAAUAGGACGAUAGGGCUCAAGAUUAAAAAAAUCAAGUACCCUAGUGAUGAAAUCCCAUUGAUUCAGGAGUUGAUUUCCGCUGUUCCAAAAUCAAGCCAACCAGGACGUUUUAGCAUUUGUCAUCCAGAAGAUAUCUUUGAAAGAACUGAGGACACACUUUCUGAUAUUAAAAGCAAAUCUGAACUAGAGAAUAUUCUUUGCUUAGCCCAUCCAGAGCAUUUGAAUAUAAACGUUACAGAAGUGUGUAACUUAGACCUAUCCUCAAAAAGAUUAGAAGGAUUUUACGAGUUAAAAAGCAUUUCGUGUGAUACACCGAAUAAUACGGGCUUGGAUAUUCUUGAGUCUAUUCGACUUAACUCUCAUGUUAAAUUGGAACCAGUAAAGCUCUCAGUAAAGCAUUUUUCAUAUUCCGAGAGUUCUUCCUCACAUUUACGUUUUGAUUCCAUCGAAAGCAAAGUCGAUUUAACUAAACUUGAGAAAUUGGAUUUGCAAGUGGACUGUCAAAGCGACGAAGAGAAUAAAUGUGCUUGCUUCCCGAAAUUUUUCAAUGAUUUUGAACGCUUCUCAGUUGCACACGAUGGAUUACCUCGUCUCAAUAUGCUUCGGAUAAAAUUAUCAUCUAGUGAGGAAUGGCUACAUCCUAGAGACUUUUUGACCACAGUUUUGGUUCCAAUCAGGAAUUUCAUCCGCAGCUUUGUCCAUUUGGAGCACUUUGACAUGAAUAUGGCUUCUCAGACUAUGAAAAUGUAUUCCGGCAGUGGAAUGUCUCCCAACACUCUCAAUAAGUUAAACCAACGACUUAUAGAAGCUUUCUUUUUCCCUUCAAACAACAAGCCAGCUAUCCACCUGACUUUGAAAACCUUGAAACUACCAGAUUUCUUGACAUCUUUCAUAUUCUACAAACCGUUAUUUCAUGAAUCCCUCCUACAUACAUGCAAGUGUCUCGGUUGUGCUAACUUCUUGAGCCAUGUGAAGUCGCAAGUUCUGUCAUUCUUUACAGAUACUCUCGAUGAUGUAACGGAAGGAACUCUCUAUUACUUAGUGAUUGGUUUGAUCCUCGAACAUCUUCAAGAAAGACGUCAUAUUUUUGUGAUAGAUUCAGAGAGUCGUUUGCUGGGGUCUUGCCUUUAUGAUGGAACUAAAGAUGCACUUUGCAAAGUUUUAUUCGAAGAACAUGAAGAAAUUCCAGGUGCAAUAAAAGGAAUGGAAAAACUUGUGAUAACGUAUCUAAUUCAUCAACUUGGACCCUUCGUUGACUUUUUCUUCACGAACUUUGCCAACUUGGAGGAAUUGCUUAUCCAUGGAAUUGCGUUCAAGAAAGGGACCUAUGGGAUUCGAAGCGUUUUUGACGACGAGUCAUAUCCUCCAGAUCUUACUACUGAUAAUGGAGGUGGCGGCGUCUCUCAUUGCGAUUCAACGUUUGGGUCCUUGGAUAUUUUACAACAAUAA